UCUGUAUGUUCUGUUAAGCAAGCAGACUGUAGUACUAAAAUGUCUGGAGUUUCCAAACCAUUUACGAAAGGAAGCAUUGCUGAUCUUAAAAAUCAUAGUAGACAGAAGAUGACUGUACCAAGUACAGAUCAAAGAGAUUAUGCUGAGUUUUCAAACAGCAUACAAGACAUAUUCUAUAACGCACAAAGUGUCGCAAGUACGUUACGUGGCUCUACUGGUGUUCUUUACGACAAUCGAUAUGCUCUGCAUCGUUGUCUGUGGGAUAACAAUUAUCCAGAAUGUCCUGAGCGUUACCAGCGUGUGAUGGAACGGUUUGAAAUGGAAAAACUAAUUGAUCGUUGCAAGUUUAUUGCACCUCGUGAAGCUUCGGAAGCAGAAAUUUUGGUGAAGCAUACCGCAGAUCAGCUACACAUCUUACAAAAAACCAAAGGCUUGCAAGAUGUAGAACAUUUGGAGCAACUGAGUUCACAGUACGAUGCAAUAUUCGUUCAUCCUGCAUCUUACGAUACGAGUCUAUUGGCAGUUGGUGGUACUAUUGAAUUAGUUACUAGUGUUUGCAAAGGUAUAAUUCAAAACGGGAUGGCUAUUAUUCGUCCUCCUGGUCAUCACGCUAUGACUGCGGAAUACAAUGGCUACUGCUUUUUUAACAAUGUUGCUAUUGCGGCACAACAUGCAAUUGAUAAUCUUGGCCUGUCGAGAAUUCUUAUUGUGGACUGGGAUGUUCAUCAUGGACAAGGAACACAGAGAAUGUUUUACUCAGAUCCCAGAAUACUAUAUUUUUCAAUUCAUCGUUACGAACAUGGAUCUUUUUGGCCAAACUUAAGAGAAUCUGAUUUUGAUUACGUAGGAGAAGGCACAGGCGAAGGAUUUAACUUUAAUGUUCCUUUAAAUGCCACAGGAAUGACGAAUGGAGAUUAUCUUGCGAUAUGGCAUCAGUUACUUCUUCCGGUAGCUACUGAGUUUCUACCGGAGCUCAUAAUAAUUUCAGCUGGUUACGACUCGGCAUACGGAUGUCCUGAGGGAUGUAUGGAUCUCACCCCAGCAUUUUAUUCGCAUUUAUUAAGUCCUUUAUUAUCACUUGCGAAUGGCCGAGUUGCAGUUGUGUUAGAGGGUGGCUACUGUCUCGAAUCGUUAGCGGAAGGAUGUGUUUUUACGCUUAAGACAUUAUUGGGCGAUCCGUGCCCAAGACUGGUUGAAAAACUUCUUCCUCCGUCGAAAAGCAUUCAAGGUUCUAUCCUGGAUUGCAUCUUUAGUCACCGGAACUAUUGGAAGUGUUUACAGUUAUACGACGUUUACGACUUGGAAGAAUACAACAACAUCAACCCUCAGGAUAAUUUUCACAAGGUUAUCAAAUGCUAUAUUGAUCCAGAAACAAAAUCUGGAUGUUACGAAACACGUAAUUGUUAUCCAGUAUUGUCGGUAGAACAGCAGUGUCGAGUCCAAGAACACUUGUCACGCUUGAAAAUGCUGACAAAUAUUAACUUCCCAGACACUCGAGUUUGUUAUGUUUACGAUGAAUUGAUGCUGGAACACCGCAACAACAAUGAAAAAUGGCAUCCGGAACAGCCAGAAAGAAUAAUAAAAAUUAUUCAGAGCCUUACUGUGGAUUAUCAACUUACAAAGCGAAUGAAAAGACUUAUUGGAAGGUUAUGCACAACCGACGAGCUUCGUCUGGUACAUGACUCAAAACAUAUCAACUUAAUCGAAGAAAUCUGCGAAUCGAGUAUGAUACAGCAAACAGCAGAUCAAUUCACCUCCAUUUAUUUUCAUCCACGUACUAAUGAUAGCGCCAGAAUGGCAGCUGGUUCUGUCCUAGAAGUGGUAGCAGAAGUGUUAAGUGGUCGAGCUCGAUCCGGAAUCUGUGUUGUUCGUCCGCCGGGGCACCAUGCUGAACCAGAUUCACCACACGGGUUCUGUAUUUUUAAUAAUGUUGCCAUAGCAGCAAGACAUGCACUCGACUAUCAUGGUCUACAGCGUGUACUGAUAGUUGAUUGGGAUGUACAUCACGGUAACGGCACACAGCACAUUUUUGAAAGUGAUCCGCGAGUUCUUUAUAUAUCAGUGCAUCGUUACGAUAAUGGAUUGUUUUUUCCUAAGAGCAGUGAUGCGGACUACACAGUCGUUGGCAAUGGACCGGCCGAAGGAUAUAACGUUAAUAUUCCAUGGAAUAAGAAAGGAAUGGGUGACGCUGAAUAUGUGGCUGCUUUUCAUUCUAUAAUUCUACCCAUUGCAUAUGAGUUUGAUCCUGAACUUGUCCUCAUAUCAGCAGGCUUCGAUGCAGCCAUAGGAGAUCCGCUUGGUGGUUGUAGAGUUACACCUGAAGCGUAUGGUCACUUUACUUUUUGGCUAUCUGCGUUGGCAAGUGGUCGCAUUGUUUUAUGUCUAGAAGGUGGUUACAAUGUCAAUUCUAUUUCAUAUGCUAUGGCUAUGUGCACAAAAGCCCUUCUUGGAGAUCCACUUCCAGCGUUACGAUUGUCCUUUUCACAAAAUUCAUCUGAACCUUCUGCAUCCUGUAUUGAAACUUUGCACAACGUAAUGAAAGUACAACAAAAAUAUUGGCAGGCAAUAUGCUUUAAUAAGAAGUUACCGAAUAUCAAUUCCGUAAAAAUCAAUGCAGAUGGAUUUUUUGAUAAUUCAGCUAAUUUCUUACAAGAUUCCAACAAUAUACCUCUUAAUGAAAAUGUUUCUACUGCACAAUCUAAUUUGGUUCCAUUACAAUUGUCGUCGCAAAAAUCGGCAUUCAAAAGUGCGGCUACCCAUGAAGCAUGUUGUUCAUCAAAUUUAAGACAAAAACCGCUUCAAUCAAUGACUGAAUAUUUGGAAUCGAAUCUGGAGGCUCUUCGAAACAAGGAAAUGUUUGCUGUUGUACCACGUAAGGAGUGUCCUCAUCUUAAUUUAUUAAAUCCUGCCAGUUUACCAUAUUCCGUAGAUUCACAGUCUCUUUGCAAAGCUUGCGGUUCUGAAAAGGAAAACUGGAUUUGCAUGAUUUGUUUUGAAAUAUAUUGCGGUCGAUAUGUAAAGGAGCAUAUGAUACACCAUAGCACCGAUUUUCAGAAUCAUUUACUUGUUCUCAGUCUUUCCGAUAUAUCUGUUUGGUGCUAUGGUUGUAAUGCAUAUAUUGACCAUCCUAUUCUAUAUGGGUACAAAAAUCUUGUACAUAUUGAUAAAUUUCAAGAAACGCUCAUCUGGUCGUAUGAUAGCAAUCAGCUACUCGAUGUUGCCGAAGAAGCUACCAGCACGCAAAAUAUAAAAAAAUGUUAGAUAUUUUUAUGUAGGUUGUUUUUUGCCAUACAAAUAUAAAACAAUUAUGAAGCUUGUGACCCGCUCUCCUUACAAAGCGGAUCGCUAUUUCUAACAAAACUUGGCGUUAUGUGAAUUGGCGGUGAUCGUGGUACUGAGUUCUUAAAGUUUACGCCUUCAUAUUUGGUUUAAUUAAGUGACGAUUAUUUUGAAGCAAGACGAUUCAGCAUUAUGGCGCGCAAUUUUUUAAAUUGAGAACCUGGCUUUGAAUAUUGUCCCCCAACAGCAGAUCGCAAAUUUAAUGAAAUAUUGGUUGAAAAAAUGGGUAUCAUAAAUCGCUAAAAUAUGCAGAGCUUAAGUCUAUGUAACAAAAACAAUGCUUCACAUUAAAACUUAACAAAUAAAUGAAU